AUGGAAUAUAUUCCUUCAAGGGACAAUAAUGGAUUCACACCUUAUGAAGAUGUUUAUUAGAAAUAUUAGGAUUCAAUACCUCUUGAAAAGGUGAAGAACAUGACUCAUCUUAGAUCUAGGAAUAUUGAGAGAUUCAUUUAAUUCGCAUAACAAUAUUAAUGUCCUUGCUAAUGUUCCUUAAAUGAUUGCAGAAAGAGGUCAAUGGAUAGUGAUUAUGUGAAUAUCCAUAAAGUCUAUUAUGACGUGCUUAGUAUGAAGUGUAAAUACAGUACUACCUGUCUCUAUUCAAUGCCUUAUGAGUCAUUUAUUGAUAUUCAAUACCAUUCAGAUUGCCAAGAACGUCUCUUUUAAUGCCGAUUCUGCCCUUCUAAAAUCAAAGCAAGAGACAAGAUAGCUCAUAGAAUGUAAUGUAAUGAAUUACUUAAUAAGGCAAGAUUAACAAAAGUUGAAGAAUAUGAUGAUCCAUUUCAUGCUCAGGAUAACUUGAGGAAAUUGUAUUUUGGAGAUACAAGUUUUAGAAGGCCUUAGACCUCAAAUCAAAUUCAAUAAUUUAAGCAAGAGACUGAGGAUAUGAGUCUUGGCUAAUAGUUAAAUUAUGCAAAGCAAAUUGCCAAAAGAGAUCAAAUAAAUAAUCAGUUAAAUAAUUAAAGAACAUCAGCCAUCCAAAACUAAUAUUAGAGAUAGAGAUAGGCCAUAGAAGAAGCUACUAGAGAACGAUCAUCUUUAGAAGAUGAUGAAGUGUCCAUGUUUGUCUAAUAAGAUGAGUAAGUUGAUGCUAAAUAUAAUGCUCCUACACCCCAGGUUUUUCCAACCUUUUCAAAAAUAUAAGACAAUCUCAAUGUAAAUAGUGGCUAAACAACACCUCGCAUUUCUCCACCUAACCGUAGAUAAGUUAAUAUCUUAGAAUAAGAAGCUAGAAACUAACUUCAUCAAACAAGAACUUAAAAUCCUGAAAUGAUUUAGUAGCAAUCCUACUAGUAAGAAGUAAGAAGAUAGAAUCUAGGUAACACUAUCUUAACCUAAAUAAAUCAAUCUAGAUAAUAAAAUCAGCAACAAAUCAGCAUACGGGUUGAUUAGAGCAGGCUUAAUUCAAGUUCAUUAGGACAGUUUAAUGCAUAAAUAAAUACUAAUAAUCAAUAUAGAGAUGAUGAAGAGAUGUCGUAUUAAUCAGAAGUAAUGAUUGAUACUACAACUAACAAUAACAGAUAAGUUGGUAUUAGAGCUACAUUUAGUGAAAGGUUUCCUGAUGAUGUUUGUCAAACUUGCAAAAAUGAUAUAGGUAGAUAGAAAUUUGAAUGCCAUACCUGCACAGAAUAAAGAAUAUUUAAUGAAUAUGAAAAGUAGCUGAACUAAAAAGAAGAAGAAUUUCAUGAAUAGCUAUCAAAUAAGGAUGCGGAGAUUUAACAAUUGAAGUAAAGAUUCAAAAUGCUUGAAUAAAAAAAUGCUUAACUGAAAUAGAAUGUUGAAGAUCUCUAGUCAGAUAAACAAAUUCAAAGCUAGUAGCUAUAAAAAGCCUAUUCAGAUUAAUAAAAAUAAAAUGAACAAAUAGCCUUCCUUAAAGACAUAAUACAACAGUUACAAUAGCAAGAAAGAGAGUAAGUAUAAGGUAUUUGCUUCAAGUGCUAAAAAUAGUUACUAUCUGCAGACUAAAGAUAAGAUAAAGUUACAUUCUGUGUUUAAUGCUUGAAAAAUCUAUCUCAAAACAAGGUAAAUUAUAACUUCAUCUUGCAAGAUUCAGAAGAUGGAGGUAAAGAGCAUUAUUUUAAAUCGAAAUUUGAAGAGGAUUGA